UGCAGUAAACGUCCUUUCUGCUCCUCCGUUGGUUUGAAGGCGCCGUCCGACCGACGAUCUGAACUUUUUGCGACAGCUGCUACAACUACUGUGUAAUCAGCGGAGCGAGAACGAUGCCAGGAGCUCAGAAAAUCGAGAAGAGAGAAAAUAGUUUGCGCAGCUAGUGGAUACCAGGAUUUCCAUGAGGCCGACAGAAAAGAUGAAGAAUUAUUCGAAGCUGGAUUAGUAUCGUUGUAAAACAGGAACUCCGUAGGCAAUUUAUCCGUACAUCUAUCUGAUCUAUUAUUAUCCGCCACGGUCUCCAGGAGCGAGGUGAUUUCACUUUGCAAUUUAGAUGUGCCAUCCUGGUUACCAUCGAUAAUUACUUGAAGGGCAAUUGGAUCGAGAAUGUAUCUAGCGAAUUCGGAAUCAGAAUUGAUUACCGGACCGCAAUACUUGAAUAGCUUGUGCAUCAUGGGAUUAGUAACCUAGAAGAUAUGAGUGAAUGCCAAGAAACUUACAUAUUCUUUAAGAGAUUCUGCCCAGACUCGGAGCCAGUGCCCAUAAGUAGGACAGUCAUCACGUGAAAAUAUCGGUGGGUCAACGGCUUGAUCAUCAUUUAGAGCCUCAACAAUAUACUUCGAACUGAAUAGAGGAGUGAGAAGAUCACGAAUGUUCGCAGAGAAUUUACUCCAAAGUUCCUUACCAAGGAGCAACCCAUCCGCACCUUCAAUUUUAUCUUGACCAUCCGCUGAUCCCGGAAUUUGAAACAAACGGAGAAGUUCUUGCAGAGCAAGAGCAGUCGAAUUUAAUUGCUUCGGACUGCCUGCACGCAUGUAAAUAUCGGCGAGUUCCAUGAUUAGAUCGUAAGUGAAAUUUCGUCCCCAACUCAGAGCUGCUACGAUACUGCCGGUAGGCACGUUUUGAGGAGUCUUAUGAAUCAGCGCAAGCCUAGACGGAUCGAUGGCUCCCACAGCUCCAAGCCACUUUGAAUACAGCAGUCUAAUUUCCGGAUCUGAAUCUCUAGUAAGACUUGUUAGAAGGCAGGCGAUCAGCCGUGACAGUAAAUGUCUAAUCGACAUGUAAGGACAAGAUCCAUCUGGAGCAUCCUCUUGAGUUGAUGAUGCCAUUGCAGUGGGCCGGUAAACCUUUAGAGCGCGGGCAACAAGACGCGAAAGCUGCAUCAGUCGUCCGCAGCGGUGAUGAUGAUGACGAUAUCCAUUGCUGCUUUUGGUGGUGCUGGCAUCUACGAGGGAAGCCAGAGUGUAUCGACGCACAUUACGGCUGGAAUGUUCAAGCCCACCUAGCCAUGCGGUCAAUAGAUCGACGAAGUCAUUCGGAGGGGGAAGUUCCAGCUCAUGAGGAUCGGGAUAAGCAUCACUUGAGACGCAUAAACUGAGCCACGGACAGGCUUCUUUAAUAACUGGCUGAUACUCCAAUAGACUAGAUAACUCUGGGAGAAAGAACACUUGUUUCAACGAGCUUCCUAUUUGAUCACGUCGAUUGAUAAAGAUAUGACCCAGGGCUUUUUUAACAUAAUCUGGAGCAAUGGGAAGUAGAUUGAUCAGGUUCGCUGCAAUAUCUGGAAGAAGUUCAACAAGGGAAUCUCGGUCGAGCAUUUUAAGAAACAUUGACCAUAGUUGAACAACACUCUUGGGUUCAACAAAUUUAUAUCGAAGGCAUAGUUUGAGAGUAGCGACGAACUUUGCCCGAGUUCGGGAAACAGGCUGACCUCCAACAAGGUCCAUGAAAAAGGAAAGACUUAAAAGGCACCGUCGUCGUUCCUCAAGGGGGUAUGCAUCAUCAAUCAACCGGCUAUCGAAGAAAGCUAAUAUUCCACAAAGGUUCUUCUGCAAGAAGAGACUCAACUCCUCAGAAGAUACAUAGGAUAGCUCCGCUUCGGUAUGGAACUGAGUUGAAAGUGGCUGCUGCUGGAGUAGAAGGCCAUUUAAGGGUUUCGGACCGCGAUACUUGAGUUUUAUACUGUUUAACCAACAAAGUCCAGCCAGGGCCUCAUCCCGAUGCGGAUAGAGAUUGAGGACAAAAUGAUGCAAAAGUCUGGAGAUAUCAUUCAUACGAGCCACGUUUUCAAUGGAAGUUCCGAAGAAGGACUCGAGGAAAUUCAGUGAAUUUGUUCUCUGUUCUUCCGAGAGAUUUGUGAAUAUGUAAACCAAGACAUCGGGGAGAAUGCAUAAUCGAACGAUUUUGAAGAUACGGUCUUCAUUCUCGCUACCCUCCAUUUGGUCCAGCAAAUUGUUAAUUUUUAAUUCACUUUCAUAAGUGCCAUUUACAACCAAAUGGGUGAAGAGAGGGGAGCAGAGAUCCUUCAGAACAGUAGCCUUCUCCACCUGAAAGAUUCUGCUAACAGCAUCGAGUGUUUUGACAAUACACGGCGCAGAAUGCUCGAGAACAACCUAGAAAAAUGCGGAAAAACAGUGCUCAUAAAUUCAAUUCAUUUUACUGGCCAAUUUGAAUGUCAAGUGAAUCUCAACCGGCACCUGGGAGAUUUGAUAUCUUGCUUCUCUCAGAAGUGCAACCGUUUUUAAUCCAAAUUCAUUGGAGAGAUCUUCAACCUGA